AUGAAGCUAAUCUCGCUGAACUGCAUUAUGAUCCUGGUGGUUCUUUGCUGCCUGGAUGAGUCAAAUUCCCAGAACAGCACCUCGUCUAGUUCGCCAAGCUCGAGCACCAGCAACAGUGGAAACGCCAAGAAUGUGGUAGUCUCCAAUUUGAAGUACACGGCUGUCAGGAGGAUCCGGGUCGGCAGCAGCACCUCCAGCACUGCGACCACCCGGAGUGCCUCAGUGCGCAACAAGAACCUGAGGGCCAAGCGGGCACAGGCCAAGCGUACCCAGGCCAAGCGUAGUAAGGCUAGGCGCUCCAAGGCUCUGAACGGCCGCAGGACCAGAGGCUAA